UACGCGGUGAAACUCCACGUAUGACAUGUUUCAACGGUGUAUCGAUAAUAAAGAACCUCUUAUGAGUACAAUUGCAAUAAUAGGUAAUAUGGAUAAUUUAGUACACGAAGACUUUGAACUAAUAAAACACUACUGUGCGAUAUUUAAACCGUUUAAAGAAGUUACUAUCGAACUAAGUAGUGAAAAAGGCAUUUCGAUUUCAAAAGUGUUAAUUUUAAUAAAAGCAUUACAUUUACAUAUAAAAAAUAAAGAAAAAGAACCAAAUUUACCAAAUGCUAUACAUUUGAUGCUUUCUAAAAUAGUAAUAAAAGCCAAUGCUAAAUUUGAAAAUAUCGAAAACCAGCCUGUUUUAACAGAAGCAACUAUUUUAGACCCACGGUUUAAAAAAAAAGCAUUUAAUAAUCAGUAUUCAUAUCAAAAAACAUACGAAAAGAUAGUACAAAAAGUUGCAACAAUUAUUCGUUUAAAUCAAAGUCCAGUAGAAAAUGAAGAAAAUAAGAAAACCAUACCGACCGAUCGUGGAAACGAAACUUUUGAAAUUUGGCAACAGUUUGACUCUCAGGUGUCUACUUCAACUUCAGUCAACACACCAACAUCUGAGGCUAUUGUGGAGUUGGAUAGAUAUUUGAAUGAACCUAUACUGGACCGAAAAUUAGAUCCUCUUAAAUGGUGGAAUGACAGAAAAAAAAUCUAUCCAAAUUUAUUUGAUUUGAUGUUAUUGCGUUUGUGUGUACCAUCAACAUCAGUUCCAAGUGAAAGGGCCUUUUCAAAAGCUGGCUACACCAUUUCCGAAAGACGUAAUAGAUUGUCAACAAAAAACACGGAAAUGUUGAUAUUUUUAAACAGUAAUUAUCAAAUACUAUUAUUUAAUUUUUAAUUUUUAUCCAUUUUAGGCUUAGGCAAGUAACUAAGUUAAUUUUAGAAGUUUGAGUUUAUUUAUUUUAUUGUUAUUAUUUUUUU